CUCUGGCUCAUCGACUGUCCGAAUCUCUCAGAAGUUACCGAAAUGGCCUCCACGCUCUAUCGGGAGUCCAUCUCAGUUCCCUACUUUGGUCAGUUCCUCGUCUACUGUCGUCGCCACCAUCCCGAAGAGGCCCAGCUACGUUGCGUCUGUCUGACUGACGACACUGAACAGAAGACCCUUGAGUGUCAGGAGGGCUUCGAGAUCCUGGCCAGGGGUGAGCCUGUUGAGGUUAGUCUCUCCCCUGCUAUCUCGCCCUUACUAUUCUGUUUUGUCUCAUAUACUCUUCGUCCACAAGAGGCCCGCGAUUGUUUGACGCUCACCGGCGUGAUUGCAGGGUGA